CUUCUCGCGCAUGCGCCGAUCUACCGCCUUAGCCGAAUUCUUGUCGCGGUGGCCGCUGCUGUCGCUCUAGCGGAUCUCUUUGCUCCGGCUGCGUCGAGGUGAGGGCCGAAGAUGCCGCCCCCAGGCCAGGUCCGCGUACCGGACCGGGACUCGCUGAAGCUGCAGGUGCAGGCCAUGAUCGGCUCCCACCGGGUCAUGAUCUUCAGCAAAAGCGGCUGCCCCUAUUGCAGCAAGGUAAAAGAACUGUUUCGUUCUUUGGGAGAGGAAUACACUGCUUUGGAGCUUGACAAGAUAGAGGAUGGUCAAAGUAUUCAGGACGUAUUACUAGGAUUAACGGGCCAGAGGACUGUCCCCAAUGUGUUCGUGAAUGGAACCCAUGUCGGUGGAUGUGAUCAAACUUUCCAGGCUUACCAUAGCGGCGUGUUGCAGAGGCUUUUGGGAGACUGCAAAAAUGAACAGAUGGAAGACUAUGAUUAUGACCUAAUAGUUAUUGGUGGGGGAUCAGGUGGACUUGCCUGUUCCAAGGAAGCUGCACUCUUAGGAAGGAAGGUCAUGGUGCUAGAUUAUGUUGUUCCAACACCCAUGGGUACCACAUGGGGCCUUGGUGGGACAUGUGUAAACGUGGGCUGCAUUCCUAAGAAGUUGAUGCAUCAGGCUGCCCUUUUAGGCCAGGCUCUUCAAGAUUCUAGGAAGUUUGGUUGGCAGUAUGAAGAGCAAGUAAAACACAAUUGGGAGACCAUGGUAGAAGCAAUUCAAAACUACAUAGGAUCCUUGAACUGGGGUUAUCGGGUGGCAUUACGUGAGAAGUCUGUGACGUACCUCAAUGCAUUUGGAGAAUUCAUUGGGCCACAUAAGAUCAAGGCUACCAACAGGAAAGGACAAGAAACUUUCCACUCAGCUCAAACGUUUGUUAUAGCCACAGGGGAGAGACCUCGAUAUCUUGGUAUCCCAGGAGAUAGAGAAUACUGUAUUACAAGUGAUGACCUCUUCUCCCUGCCCUACUGCCCUGGAAAGACUUUAGUUAUUGGAGCUUCUUAUGUAGCUUUGGAGUGCGCAGGGUUUCUUGCUGGCCUUGGUAUGGAUGUCACAGUUAUGGUGCGCUCUAUCCUGCUGCGUGGCUUUGAUCAAGAAAUGGCAGAGAGAGCAGGUGCAUAUAUGGAAACUCAUGGUGUAAAAUUCGUCAGGAAGUUUGUUCCUGUUGAGAUCAUAAAGUUAGAAGAAGGCUUGCCUGGAAGACUCAAAGUGAUUGCAAAAUCCACUGAGGGAUCACAAAUGUUUGAAGGAGAAUACAACACCGUUUUGAUAGCUAUUGGUCGUGAUGCGUGUACCAAAAAUAUUGGCUUGCAGAAAAUUGGUAUGACUGUGAAUGAAAAGAAUGGAAAAAUACCUGUAAAUGAUGCAGAACAAACCAGUGUGCCUUAUGUUUAUGCUGUUGGAGAUAUUUUGGAAGGAAAGCUGGAACUCACACCAGUUGCCAUACAGGCAGGCAGACUGUUAGCUCGCAGGCUUUUUGGAGGGAGUUCUACAAAGUGUGACUAUAUAAAUGUGCCGACUACAGUGUUUACACCUCUGGAAUAUGGUUGCUGUGGAUUAUCAGAAGAGAGAGCCAUUGAACAACUUGGAAAGGACAACAUAGAGGUGUAUCACACACUUUUCUGGCCACUUGAAUGGACAAUACCUAUCAGAGACAACAACACUUGUUAUGCAAAAGUAAUCUGCAAUAAGCUUGACCGUAACCGUGUAAUAGGAUUUCAUGUUCUUGGACCUAAUGCUGGGGAAAUUACUCAAGGCUUUGGAGCUGCUAUAAAAUGUGGCAUCACCAAGGAGUUGCUUGAUGAAACAAUUGGGAUACAUCCAACAUGUGCAGAGGUGUUUACAACAAUGGACAUUACAAAGGCUUCAGGGCAAAGUAUCAAUCAAGCUGGCUGCUGAGGUUAAAUCCUGCUGUUUAAAUUGUUUCCUGUUGGCUCCACUUAACCUACAUUGAAGGUUUUCAGAAGUAUAAAUGUUCCUGGGUCAAGUUGAUUGAGAAUGCUAUCAGACUGCAGGAAACUGCUUCUACAGACAUUUCUGAAACUUCUUUGAAGGGUAAUGGUGUCUUCAGGAAACACUAAACAGCAGGUGAACUAAUUCCUGUCUUGCUUAGAAUGGCACUUAAAUGCUUUUUUGAUGUUUCGGCUCUGAACCUCAUCCGAAGGCGGGCUGCAACUGAUGACUUCUCUGCAACGUUGGGAAAACCUAUUCGUCCAAAAAAGUUGAAUCCCAGAAGAACCUCUGAAUUGCACAAGUCAAGUUCUUUUUAGUUCUUUGUAUGAAUGUGUUGGGCACAAUAGAAUGAGUAAUUAAUCAUUCUUUCUGGCAAUUACUGUUCAACUCAGUUGUGUCACUGGUUCAUUUGUUCUGUAACAUGGAUGUUUCUUAUUUUUCAGUU